AUGGUCCGGCUGUUUCCUGUACCCGUGGCCUGCGGCUCGCCGGAGCGUGGCCGGAGCUGCUCCCCGCGUGGCGCGGGGGCUCCGUCCCGGCGGGGAGGUGGGGCGGGAUCUGUAGCCCGGCGCUGCUGCUUCACCUCUUCCUCUCGCCCUGCAGGCUACGCCCAGGAGGAGCAGCUGAAGGACGAGGAGAUCAAGGAGGAAGAAGAGGAAGACGAAGACAGCGGUUCGGGGGUCCAGCUUCAGAGCAGCAAUGACCCCGGGACCGACGAGGAGCUAGACAUGGGUCCGGAGCAGAAAGGCUGCUUCAGCUACCAGAACUCCCCGGGGAGCCACCUGUCCAACCAGGACGCCGAGAACGAGUCUCUGCUGAGCGACGCCAGCGACCCCGUGUCAGACAUCAAGAGCGUGUGCGGCCGCGAUGCCCCCGACAAGAAAGCGGGCGCCCACCCCAAGCUGCCGGGCGAGGCCCACAGCUGCAUGGACAAAAUGACGGCCGUCUACGCCAACAUCUUGUCCGACUCCUACUGGUCGGGCCUGGGCCUGGGCUUCAAGCUGUCCAGCAGCGACAGGCGGAAUUGCGACGCCCGAAAUGGCAGCAGCAAGACGGACUUCGACUGGCACCAAGACGCCCUGUCCAAAAGCCUGCAGCAGAACCUGCCUUCCAGGUCCGUGUCGAAGCCCAGCCUGUUCAGCUCGGUGCAGCUGUACCGGCAGAGCAGCAAGAUGUGCGGGACCGUGUUCACCGGGGCCAGCAGGUUCCGGUGCCGCCAGUGCAGCGCCGCCUACGACACCUUGGUCGAGUUGACUGUGCACAUGAACGAAACGGGCCACUACCAAGAUGACAACCGCAAGAAGGACAAGCUGCGGCCCACGAGCUAUUCCAAGCCCCGCAAACGGGCCUUCCAAGACAUGGACAAGGAGGAUGCCCAGAAGGUUCUGAAAUGUAUGUUUUGUGGCGACUCCUUCGAUUCCCUCCAAGAUCUGAGCGUCCACAUGAUAAAAACAAAACAUUACCAAAAAGUGCCUUUGAAGGAGCCGGUCCCAACCAUCUCGUCGAAAGUGGUCGCCCCGGCGAAGAAACGCGUCUUUGACGUCAACCGGCCCUGCUCCCCCGAUUCCACCACGGGCUCGUUCGCAGAUUCCUUCUCUUCCCCCAAGAACACCAGCCUGCCGCUGUCCUCCAACAACCGCUACGGCUACCAGAAUGGCGCCAGCUACACCUGGCAGUUCGAGGCCUGCAAGUCCCAGAUCCUGAAGUGCAUGGAGUGCGGGAGCUCCCACGACACCUUGCAGCAGCUCACCACCCACAUGAUGGUCACAGGUCACUUUCUCAAGGUCACCAGCUCUGCCUCCAAGAAAGGGAAGCAGCUGGUGUUAGACCCGCUGGCGGUGGAGAAAAUGCAGUCUUUGUCGGACGCCCCGAACAGCGAUGCUCUGGCCCCCAAGCCAUCGAGUAACUCGGCUUCCGACUGCGCAGCUUCUACGACUGAGGCAAAGAGGGAGAGUAAAAAAGAAAAACCGGAGGAGACCCACAAGGAUGGGAAAGCCAUGAAAAGCGAGGAAUAUGAAGAUCCUCUGCAGAAACCUUUAGACCCCACCAUCAAGUACCAGUACCUGAGGGAGGAGGACUUGGAAGACGGCUCCAAGGGUGGCGGGGACAUUUUGAAGUCAUUGGAGAACACCGUCACCACAGCCAUCAACAAGGCCCAGAACGGGGCUCCCAGCUGGAGCGCGUACCCCAGCAUCCACGCGGCCUACCAGCUGUCGGAGGGCGCCAAGCCCUCCUUGCCUCUGGGGUCGCAGGUCCUGCAGAUUCGGCCCAAUCUCGCCAACAAGUUGAGGCCGAUUGCUCCCAAGUGGAAAGUAAUGCCUCUGGUUUCCGUGCCCCCAAACCUGGCCCCGUACACUCAAGUGAAGAAGGAGCCAGAAGACGGAGAUGAAAUCGGGAAGGAGUGUGGGAAAGAAAGUCCCCAGGAAGAGGCGUCGUCUUUCAGCCACAGCGAGGGGGAGUCUUUCUCCAACAGCGAAACCCCCUCCGAACCCAAAAAGGCCGAGCCUCGUCCCCCGAAGGAGGAAGACAAGCUGAUGAAAGAGGGCGGCGAGCAGGAGAAACCCCAGCCCUUGGAGCCAGCGUCUUCCCUCAGCAACGGCUGUGCCCUCGCCAACCACGCCUCGGCCCUGCCCUGCAUCAACCCGCUCAGCGCCCUGCAGUCGGUCUUGAACAAUCACCUGGGCAAAGCCACGGAGCCCCUGCGCUCCCCUUCCUGCUCCAGCCCGAGCUCAAGCACAAUCUCCAUGUUCCACAAGUCGAAUCUCAGUGUCGUGGACAAGCCGGUGUUGAGUCCGGCCACCGCGAGACCGGCCAGCGUGUCCAGGCGCUACCUGUUUGAGAACAACGACCAGCCCAUCGACCUGACCAAGUCCAAAAGCAAGAAGGCCGAGUCCUCCCAAGCACAAUCCUGCACGUCCCCCCCUCAGAAGCACGCGCUUUCCGACAUCGCCGACAUGGUCAAGGUCCUCCCCAAAGCCACCACCCCGAAGCCGGCCGCUUCCUCCAGGGUCCCUCCCGUGAAGCUGGAAAUGGACGUCAGGCGCUUCGAGGACGUGUCCAGCGAAGUCUCGACUUUGCAUAAAAGAAAAGGCCGGCAGUCCAACUGGAACCCUCAGCAUCUUCUGAUCCUGCAGGCCCAGUUUGCCUCCAGCCUCUUCCAGACGUCGGAAGGCAAGUACCUGCUGUCCGACCUGGGCCCGCAGGAGCGAAUGCAGAUCUCCAAGUUCACGGGACUCUCAAUGACCACUAUCAGCCACUGGCUGGCCAACGUCAAGUACCAGCUUAGGAAAACGGGCGGGACAAAAUUUCUGAAAAACAUGGACAAAGGACACCCCAUCUUUUACUGUAGUGACUGUGCCUCCCAGUUCAGAACCCCUUCUACCUACAUCAGUCACUUAGAAUCUCACCUAGGUUUCCAAAUGAAGGACAUGACGCGCAUGGCCGUGGAGCAGCAAAGCAAGGUGGAGCAGGAGGUCUCCCGGGUGUCAUCGGCCCAGAGGUCCCCGGAAACCAUAGCUGGCGAAGAGGAAACAGACUCUAAGUUCAAGUGUAAGUUGUGCUCUCGGACAUUUGUGAGCAAACAUGCAGUAAAACUCCACCUAAGCAAAACGCACAGCAAGUCACCCGAACACCACUCUCAGUUUGUAACAGACCUGGACGAAGAAUAGCUCUGCAGGUACGGGUUUGCUCCCAGGCGGCGUGACAGUGGCCUUGUGAGGAGUUUCUUGAAGGGAGAUGGGUGUCUUUAGAGGCAGCUAGUGUCUCCUCGAACCAAGAGGCCAGUAGCCUGCUGGGAUAGGACUUACGUUUACGCAGACUAGAACAUGAUGAAUAAGUCCUGUCUGUCCUCUCGGUUUCCCCAGUGUAGACUCGGGCGAUAGCACGAAAUGGGCUUAGAGGGAUGGAGUUCACAGGUUUCUGCCUCAUGAUACGUGAUCCCCAUAGUUUCCCAAGGCCCAGCCUGCCAGGUCCACCCAAGGCUACACGUCAUUUUAAUUAAUAAGUACUAACUUCUCUCCCGGUUUCAUUUCACCACCUCCCCUCCCCAUAGGAAUGCUAACUAACGACUUAGAAAGCGAUAAAGAAAAAGCCAUCCACAGAAUAAAGACUCGAGGUUCCUGGGGGCAGCCAAUGUUCACAGGUUUCUUAAUCAGCUUAUGAAUAGUUUAAAGUUGUCUCGAUCAUCAUUACUUGUAAUCGAUGCUUUUGCAGCUUCCUGUCAGCAAUCGCUCCCUUCCGCUCCCUUCCCUGUGCUCAUGUCCCCGCAUUAGAUUUCUUAGGAAAGAGCAUCUGCCCUGUAGUCAGAUGGUAGAAAAAUAUCGCAGCACAACACUGAGACGAGAAGAGAGGUUUAUUUUCUUCUCUCGUCUUUGGUUUUCCUUAGAGUAGACUGAUCCCAGAGCCCCCUGUAAAGAAAAUAGGUACAAUGCAUGCCCUUGGGAUUUUAUUUUACACCAAGAAACAAAUGACUUUCUGCACACCCGUUGCCAAUGCACAUGGGGUCUCCUCGCUUCAAGAUGAUUUGCAUCGUGUACCGUAGAAGUUCCGCGCCUUGUAGAGUUGCCAGUGCCCAGGCUGUCAGUGUCAUCUCGGAAAGAGAACAGAGACGGAGGUCAAAUACCCUGACAGACUAGCCACACUGGCUGUUUUCAAAUGUGUUCAAGGCUCGGUCUUAACAAAUCCCUUUUCUUUCAUUUUGUAUUUUCUCUACUGCCUCUUUGUUCCCUCCAGCAUGACACCCCACCCCCAUGUGCUAGGGACAGUCACACAUAGUCAGGGUGUCUUCCCCCAUGGGCCACACCCCAAGAUAAAGACCCAAGCUGACUUAAGGCUUUGGCACUUGCCGGUCCCAUGUAUAUCAUGCUAGGUUACAGAAUUAGCUCUUUUGAUUAAUUCAUAAUAAGAUACAAACAGCUAAGAAUAACUUAAGGUAGAAGCCUUCACCAUCUCCCGUGGUCAGAGCGCUUAUUUUUCAAUAGGAGACUCAGAUCAAGGCAUGAAGGUCUGAGCACUAGCAGGGGUUCAGGUGGAGACAGGUAGUUAUAUAACUUGGCUGUGGGCUCACCUCCAACAGAGAGGGAGAGUGACUGAGUGUGAGAAUGUCAAGUGAAAUAAAGGGUUAAAACAUCUGAGCUGGGACUUUCAAUGAAAAGAUCUAAGAGCUUCUGAUAAAGGGGGAUGCCAUCCCAUAAUUCUAAUGGCUCUCUGGGCUCCAGUGAAGACUAUUGUUUUGUUUGCAUGUUUUUAUCAUGAUAAUUAAAACGUGUUACUGGCAGAUUCAUCUCUUGCUUUCCAAGCAUGAUUUGUUCAGCUCACACUAUUGAAAGAAACGCUGAAAAGCAUCUAUUGAAUCUACACAUGAGCUUGGGGCUCAGCAGAUCUAUUUAUUGGCUAUAUAACAUUUUAAUUUUAUGUAACUUGCUAUUAUGCUUUUCUGGUCCUUCAAAAAAAAUGGUGAAUAUCCAAAGAGAAGAGAGAUGUUUCCAAUCCCAUAGUAGUAGGUUCAAACCAUGGUGAAGAAGACAAGUAGGUAAUGUUUAUUUGUGCUACAAUAAAAACCAGUUUUGCAUCUGA